AUGAAGCAGAUACUGAAGUCGGGUUAUGUUCAGGAUCUCUGGGAUGUGACGUACUCUUCUGAGGCGAUCUGUGCCCCUAAAGGAUCGACUGUGGAGAUGAGCUGCACCUUCACAUACCCAGAGGGAAUAAACGAGGAAGUUAACACACUUCAGGAAACAUUUUGGUCUACUGAUGAUCAUGACUAUAAAGUAGAUGUUAAAGAAGACUCCAAGUAUUCAGGCCGUGUGCAGAAUACCUGUGUGGGGAACAACUCGGGUUAUGUUCAGGAUCUCUGGGAUGUGACGUACUCUCAUGAGGAGAUCUGUGCCCCUAAAGGAUCGACUGUGGAGAUGAGCUGCACCUUCACAUACCCAGAGGGAAUAAACGAGGAAGUUAACACACUUCAGGAAACAUUUUGGUCUACUGAUGAUCAUGACUAUAAAGUAGAUGUUAAAGAAGACUCCAAAUGUCUUCCUGAAACCUCCUUCAUCUGGUUCAAGAAUGGAGAGGAAAUCAAAGAUGAAACAUCAUAUCGUUAUUCACCAGAGCAGGUUCUUCAGACAGACAGUUAUUCCUGUGCUGUACGAGGACAUGAGAAGUUCCCGUCUCCUCCAGUGUAUGCUCCAAAGCCUCCUUCUGUGUCAGUGAGUUUCCACGAUGAGAUAGUGGAGGGCACUUCAGUCAAUCUGACCUGUAGCAGUGAUGCUAACCCAGCAGCUGAUUACACCUGGUACAAGGCGGAUGAACCUCUAAACCCUAAUCACACAUAUCCAGGAGCUACACUUGUCUUCAGCUCCAUCGAGUCCUCUGACUUUGGGGAGUUUUACUGUGAAGCUGAGAACACGCUGGGGAGAACGACCUCCAAACGCAUCUCUGUCAACCUAACAUGGAACUCACUAAAAAUCAUCACCAGGGCGACUCUGCUGCUCCUCUUGUUGAGUCCUCUGAUUCCCCUGACUCUGUGGCUGAGGUAA